CAGUGUUGCAAAGUGCCAUCGCCCAUUUAGGCGUGCACCGUGAGGCAGACGAAACUUCAUCCGAAUUUAAAAAGCCAUGGACAUGGACGACGAGGACGAUCCCAUUGUGGAGGAGAUACCCGUGUUCCUGUCGAAGAACCUGCAGGACAGCUUGUACCUCUUCCAAUACCCCACGAAAACGGAGCUCCCCAACCACGACGACUCGGUGAUAGUCAAUUGCUGUGUAAAACCGAUCGCCCAGGAGGUGAAGGUGGACUUUGGCCUGGACAUCGAGUCCUCGCACUUCGAUCGCUUCAAGGGCGAGCAGUUCGCGGUGGCCGCCGACGGCAAGAACACCUAUGGAGCAGUGCCGCCAAAGGGACAGGAGCGACCCACCUACAAGCGGGGCAUCAUGGACAAACAGGCCUUCACCAGCUCCCGGUCCAUAACCGAUGUGGCCAAGUAUAUCGUGGGCAUCUUUACGGACCGGGAGGUCCAUCUAUCGCCGCUUACUUCCAUAGUCCAAAUGCGUCCGGUGCUCAAUCACUUUGAUAAGGAUGACAAGCGCAAGAAGGCGGAGCAGAAGGCCCAAACAGAGGACACCGACGACGACGAGGUGCUGCAACAGGUGACGGUCAAGUUUGCCCGUGGCAAUGCCAAGAACAGCGGCAAGGAGCAGCGUGCCGGCACCUAUGAGAGUUUCGUCCAGCGGAUUGCCGAUGAGCCGUGGUGCGAGGCCUACUGGCACUCGAGGGGCACGCCCACCGCCGAACUGGAGCGCCAGAAGCUCUACGCCACCAGUCAUCAGGGCAGUUCGUCCCUGGCCCUCGGCCCAGGCGAUUAUCUCCGCAAGCUAUUGCCCUACGACGAGCAUGUGCAGCAGGUUGUGGCUCCAACAGCGGCUACAGCAGCCGCCCAGGUGCUUCCCGUCUACAACAAGGCCAUGCUCAAGACUAUGCCGCUGCUGGAGCAGCUUACAGUGCUUCUCAGGGAUGCCCGGAUGCUUUCCUUCAGCGAUGUGAUCGACAUACUCACCGAGAACGUGGAUCCGCAUGUGGCCGCGGAUAAGGUGGUGGCCCUGCUGCCCCAGGUGGGCAUCCUACUGCACGGCAAUUGGGUUCCCCGUUCCGAGGUGGUCUUUCCCGAGAAGAUGCUUUCCCAUGCCAACGGAGUCUCCGCCGAGCAGAUGAUUCGCGCCAGGGAUUAUAUACUCUUCCGGUUCUCCCGCACGCCCUACCUCUUCCGAACCCAGGUAAUGGCCGCCACCCAGUUGCCACCUGCGGAAACGCUAGACGUUCUGCGGACUGUGGCCCGGGUGAAUACCACAAAACGCUGGGAGCUGCUCCUUCCGCCGGACAAGGAGUUCGAGCAAAAGUAUCCCGAGCUGGUGAGCCGACAGGAGUACCACUGGACCGCCUCGGAGCAGCACUACAACGAAAUGGACUGGGCCAGGGAAACGAAGCGCGUGCGCAAGCGUUCCACGCGGAAAAGCGAAUCCCAGUCACUGUCCACUUCCAUGCCGCCGCCUGCUACGAAUCCCUCAGCCAUCCUCCCCAUGGACGCGUAGCAUCGGAUGAUCACCUCCCGACGGCGGAGGAGCAAUGGGAGCACAAGUCUUAUACAUCUAGCCACUAAUAAAGAAAAGACCAACAAGUUUAUUUUGUUACCACAA